UACCCCAGAGACGGCCAGCCAAUGGAGUCAAACGGUCACGAAAAAACAGGCAGCAGCAAAUGCAAACAGCAUUUUUAUUUGAAAUACUGCAUCGGUGGCAGAUAAAUGCCAGUUAGACUGCCAUGACCGCGAAGAAGUAGUUUUAUGUUGACUGAUUGGCUCGUUAGCAGCCGACGCGCCGUAUCAAUACAAAGGCCUAUGUCACCAGUUAGCGGCUGUUCCUCAGCUAGCUAGCUAGCUAGCUAGCAAGUGAUUUAACGCCGAGCUCAUUUUAAUGUUUUAUCUGUAACGCAGUUAAACGUCUCCACUAAGAAGACAGUGUUUAAGUAUUUUUUGUUUUUGCUUCUCUACGAAAAUGGCGGAACAGAAUGCAGUGGUCAUGCAGCAGAAUUUGGACAGGAGCUGCUGGGUGUGCUUCGCCACGGACGAGGACGACCGCACAGCAGAGUGGGUGCGUCCGUGUCGGUGCCGUGGCUCGACCAAGUGGGUUCACCAGGCCUGUCUACAACGCUGGGUAGAUGAGAAGCAGCGAGGCAACAGCACAGCGCGCGUGGCCUGCCCACAAUGCAAUGCAGAAUACCUCAUUGUCUUUCCUAAACUGGGUCCUGUAGUUUACGUGCUGGACCUGGCUGAUCGGCUCAUCUCCAAGGCUGGCCCCUUUGCUGCAGCUGGCAUCAUGGUGGGCUCCAUCUACUGGACAGCUGUCACCUAUGGUGCUGUCACUGUCAUGCAGGUGGUGGGCCAUAAGGAGGGCCUGGAUGUGAUGGAGCGGGCCGACCCUCUAUUCCUCCUCAUUGGGCUGCCCACCAUCCCUGUCAUGCUUAUCCUCGGCAAGAUGAUUCGCUGGGAGGACUACGUCCUGCGUCUGUGGAGGAAAUAUUCCAACAAACUGCAGAUUCUCAACAGCAUCUUCCCAGGGAUUGGCUGUCCAGUUCCUCGGAUCCCGGCGGAGGCCAGCCCCCUGGCCGAUCACGUGUCGGCCACACGGAUCCUGUGUGGCGCUCUGGUCUUCCCCACCAUCGCCACCAUCGUGGGGAAGCUCAUGUUCAGCAGCGUUAACUCCAACCUACAGAGGACCAUCCUGGGAGGUAUCGCCUUUGUGGCCAUCAAGGGGGCGUUUAAGGUGUACUUCAAACAGCAGCAGUACCUGAGGCAAGCCCACCGCAAGAUCCUCAAUUUCCCUGAGCAGGAGGAGGCCUGAAGAGGGAGGACAGACGAAGAGCACAACUUCUGCUGGAGGGAGGGAGGGAGGAAGGAGAGGAGGGGUUGAACUCUCAGUGAACAGGACAUGCUGGUGAAAUGGACUUAGUCACCCUCAUUUACCUACUCCUCUCCCACCUCACCCCUUCUCACCCACUCCGGAGUGAUCCAUCGCACCGCUGCCAACCUCCACGCAAGGAUCCCCACCACACGCUGUUUCUUUUUUUUUUUUUUUUAAACUUGUGACGCUUUUGUAAGGUGAAGACGGACAAGACUUGCAGACUGGAGCAUGUUUGCAGUUAGCGUGCAGUAUCACACAUUAACACAUCGAUUCCCAAGAACUUGUGACGAGUGACUGGGUGGAUGUGCUUCAGCAACCACGUAACAAAUACUUACUGUAUUUUAAGGAGAAGGAAUGCGAGGCAUCUGUAAUUAGAAAGUUUUAUAAUGAUAAUAAAUGAUUGUUUUAUAAUGUUUGUUUUGCAGGUUUGAAAUGUCCCGUAUGAUGAUGAUGAUGGGGAUUUGUAUCGAUUGAGGAUUUCUGUUCAGUGUAUGGAAUGUAUUAAACAAUAAAAUGUGUAACAUUUGUGAAUAUUAACGCAAACUAGGAAGCAUUUAGAGGAAAUUUGUUGUGACUGUGACACUAAAGCUAACCACAUAGAAAUGAGCACACUGACCACAGAUGGAGUUAAGUCAGAGGUGUGUCUUUUAGACCCUGAUUUAAAAACUCUUUUUGCUCACAUGCCUCAGCAGUGUUCAGGAUUUGCCUCUCGCUUUAUGUCCACCUUACAAAAUGCUCUCCUGUGUUUUGAAGCCUCGACGGCCAUUGCAGCGCUCCAGGUUUGGUCGAGCCUGUUGCCAUGACACCGCGUGGAGGAGACGGAUGUUUCAGGAUGUUGGACAGUUUUCACAUGACAUCCAUUGCAGCAAUGAAACCUUUGGACUUUUAAUGUCAGAUUUAUUUUAUGUCAGGUUUCACCUUCGCCCCUCGACCAGCACAUGAUGAUGAUGGCUUUCGUGUUGUGUGUGAACCACAGCUUCGGUUCUGUACUAAUUACCAUCCAGACUCUGGCAAUUUAAAAUGAGUCAUAGGAGCAGCUGAGACUUUUGGCUGGACUUUGUAUGGAAAUUAAAGGGUCAGUUCACACAAACAAGCCCUAUUUUCCUGCUUGAGUUGUGUUCAUCCUUAGUUUGUUUUCACUCUAUAUACAGAUAAAUGAAAUUUCAUUGAAUUAAAAGUGUUAUUAAAGUGCAUUUCUUUGGUAACAACAAUGAAGAUGCAUUCUAAUACUUAAAUUCUCCUAAUAGAACAAAAAAAUGUACUGAAUCUGGAAAAACUAAGUUGCAAUUGUGAAAAUAAGGCUUGUUGGAAUGUGAGUGAACGGACUGAAACGUGCAGUCGUACUACGUAACCGCACAUAGAUUUGUUUUAAAUCAUUGAGAGCAUGGUGUGACUGAAUAUCCAAAUGUUGCCAUUUGCCAGACUUAGCAAUAACCCAUAAGUUGCUAUUGAUACGAGGAUCUUGGUUCUGUAAAAAGACACAGUUGACCACUUGGAAUAUUUAACCUGCACAUGUAAACCGUGCCUGCUUUCCAGGUGUCGUCCUACCACCGCCUUCCUGGUACAUCCUCCGCUCUGCCAAAAGAGACGUUCCAACGUGAACUGCGUUGUACACACAUUGCGUCUGACUUCUGUGGUAUUAGUUCUGUGAAUAAAUGUAUUUUUCCA